UUAAUUUCGUUCAAUAAUUUUAUAUUGAAUAACAACAUUCACUGAACAAUUAAUAACUUGAAGUAAUGGCAACGUACCGUUUGGGCACCGUUAGUCGCUCAGUUGUGCGUUUUUCGACUGGUCUCGGAGUGGUUCGCAGUCAACAGCGACACAAUGUGGUUAGGUUGUUAGGUAGUUCUGCCGGGAGACAGUCUUCCGGUGGUUCGGUGCGACUUGCAAUGAAAGGAAUCGCUGUUGGAGCUGUACUGGGAACCGGCUGGUCUGGUUACAAUUAUUUCAGGGGUGCCCCAACUGAUCAUAUGAUUAACGAGAAGAUUGGGCCUACGUAUUUAGAUCGAUUACCGGAUGUUAAAAUUAUGAGGAAGGUUGUGAAUCCGAAGGAUGACUCCGGCUUGGAACUGGUGCUGUUUCAAUUUCAGACGUGUCCUUUCUGUUGUAAGGUGCGAUCGUUUCUAGAUUACAGUGGAUUGUCCUAUUCGGUCGUAGAAGUAGACGCGGUGCUGCGACAGAGUAUCAAAUGGUCUGGUACAAAGAAGGUGCCAAUCUUGCUGGCAAAGACACAAACAGGAAAAUACGUUCAAUUGACCGAUUCAAGCAUGAUUGUCUCAGUGUUGUCUAGUUAUCUGAACGACAAAAACCAAGAUGUUGGCGAAUUGGCCAAGUUUUAUCCGUCCAUUUCAUUCGUCAAUGAGGCCGGUAGGAAAACGAGCGAUAUUAUGAACAAGUACUUUCUCAUGUUGCAAGAUUCAAAACAGCACAAAGCGAAUGAUGCUCAAGAUGAAGAGCGGAAGUGGCGUUCGUGGGCAGAUGAUCAUCUGGUACAUCUAAUCUCACCGAAUGUCUACCGUACUAAAGACGAAGCGAUGGAAACUUUUGAAUGGUUUUCGGACGUCGGCGAAUGGGAUGUGCAUUUUCCCAAGUGGGAACGGGACUUGAUGGUGUACGUUGGAGCCAUGGCCAUGUGGGCUAUCAGUAAACGGCUUAAGAAGCGACAUCAACUCUCGGACGACGUUAGAUCACACAUUUACGAUGCAUGCGACAAGUGGAUAGCGGCUAUCGAGAAGAAGAAGUCACCGUUCCUAGGUGGACAAACGCCGAAUCUUGCCGAUUUGGCAGUGUUUGGCAUUUUGAACAGCAUGGAAGGCUGCCAGGCUUUUAAGGAUUGUUUGGACAACACAAAGAUUGGCGGGUGGUUUUAUGGAGUGCGCAAAGAAGUCAUGAGCAAUCGGGGACAGGUGGUUUAAA